AAACACAGUAAGAGUAAUCUGGUAAAGAGUGCGUGUUUCCUACCUUGAAAUCCUAAACAGCUAUUCCUCCCGAGUUUCUAAUAUUUUACACUCCUUAUCAGCCCGUCAUCGAUUCCUCUCUCUCUCUCUCUCUGUGCUGCGAGGGAAUCCUGGUACAACAAUGGCUGACAAACCAAGCCGAGGAUUGGUUUUGUACGCAGACGGUUUGGCUCGUUUUAUAGACCCAUCGCACACCCAUCUCCAUUCUCUCGCCUCCAAAGCUAACUGUGGCUUCUUAACCCUUCCCAAUGCUCCUUCCUCAGAAUGCGAAGAUGAUAGGAUUAUUAGAGAGUUUGCAUACCUGUUGGAUGCAGCUGAAGCUUAUAUCUCCAAAACGAGUGGAGAAAUUAAUGCUAAAGCAGAAUGUCAAAGUUCAUCCUUAAUUACAACCAUAUCUGAGAGGUUUAUGGGAAUGAAAGCUGCUCUCAUUACAACCAAGUCAAGUUUGAAGUCUUUUGCUGGGCAACUUGGUUUAACUGUCUUCCAACCAAGUGAGUUACUUGAAAGUGGUCAUUCUCUUCUUGACUUACCAGUUGAUGCCGUGGCCUCUGAGUUGCUGAAAUUACUUGGAUUCCAAGAAGGGAAAAAGCUAGAGAUGGGCCUCUUUGAUUUGGUAUUUGUUCACAUCGGGGCAGGUGAAGAGGACAAUGGUGAAAAAGGCAGGACUAUUAACAGUUACAUGGGAUAUAUCAAUUCCUUGGUUGGCCAUAUAAUGCAUGUGGCUCAACCUGGAUCAGAAAUUGGUCCUCGAUUACACUUGUCUGUUAUAAUGAGCUAUGGUUCCGUAUCUGAUGCUGAUAAUCUGGAUUUCUCAGUUUUGGUUUCUGAUGACAAGAGAAAUUCUGAUUUUUCAGCACUUUUCCCUCGUCAAAGCUUCACCAUGAAAGGAGAAAAGCAACGGGAUGAUGUUAGGCACUGUUACCCAAUGUUAAUGGCUCAAUGGCAGUAUGGUGUAACUCGGAAGGAUCUGGCAGAGACAUUUUCUUUCAAAGAUUUUAAAGAGCAUGGGGGAAACCUUGCAAUACCAGUUGAUAGGUUUCUGCAUGAAGUAGCAUUCAAGCUUUGGAAGGCCCCCAAGUAUGGAGCAUAGAAUUCAAUACUCAAUAAGGAAGAACAAUGCAAGUUCAUUUAAUUUUAUCUACUUUGGUAGACGAAUAAGAAUGCUGGCCAAUCGUCACUUGCUAUGAUAUUUCCAUGCUCCAAUUAGGGAACCUUGAAAAGAGGAAUUUACAUUACCAGCUUGCAACUAUGGUACUAUCCUUCGUGGUUGAAGGUGUAAUCUUUAUUAUCCUUUUUCUAUUGUAAAAUAUAAAGUCACUCAGGCAAACUAACAGAAUUUUGCUAAAAAAAAAA